UCGGCUUGAGGGCUGAUGUGGGGGGAGUUGGGAGUCCUAGGAAAUGCUGCUUCCCUGGGAUCAGCAUUGUGUAGCAACAGUAAGCUGAUAACUGGGGCAAAGUCCCCCCACUUGGGCUUUCCAAGUUCUGCCUGCUCCCUGGUCAUUGCACAGUCUGUCCCUCUGCUGCCUGACCUCUCAUCCACUCUUCUCUUCUGCCCUCAUUCCUCUUCACACAGCACCCCUCCUCUCUACUCUGCCAUCCACUCUCCCCUAGACAAUUUCUCCUGUCCCAGAGACUAUGUAUCCGCUCCUCUUUCUUCUCUUCCUGGCCUCAUUUUCAGUCACUACGUGAGCUCCAGGAAGACCAUCUGCAAUUUCGUGUGUGACUUCUGGGACUGCUCCGAUGAAAACCAGUGUGGUUACCACCAAGAGUCUCCUUCCCUGCGUGCUCCUUUCGCCUGUGACUUUGAGCAAGACACCUGUGGCUGGCAGGACAUCAGUACUUCUGGCUACCGCUGGCUCCGGGACCGGGCAGGGUCAGCCUUUAGGAGUCCAGAGCCCCACUCAGACCACACGUUUGGCACUGACCUGGGCUGGUACAUGGCUGUAGGCACCCACCAAGGCAAGGAACCAGCCAUAGCUGCCUUGCGCUCCCCUGUCCUUCAUGAGGCAGCUGCCACCUGUGAAAUAAGGUUCUGGUACCAUGGAAAUAUCCAAGAUGUGGCCAAUCUUCGAAUGGAGCUAACACACAACUCAGAGACGCUUACAUUGUGGCAAAGCUUAGGGCAAUUGGGAGGAAAUGGCUGGCAAGAGCUGGUGGUGGCCACAGGGCGUGUUCAGGGAGAUUUCUGGGUCACUAUCUCUGCUACACGCAAUGCCACACAUAGGGGAGCUGUGGCCCUGGAUGACAUGGAAUUCUGGAACUGCGGUCUCCCUUCCCCUCAGAACAGCUGUACCAUAUACCAACACCACUGUAACAACUAUGCUUGUGUGGCACUGACUGAGCUUUGCGACGGAGAGGACAACUGUGGGGAUACCUCUGAUGAGAACCAAGUCUCCUGCAGUGAGGUGCGCCAUAAAGUGACAGACUUUGAGAAUGGUCUGGGCGAAUGGACAAACAGUUCCGGGUGGGUGAUAACCCAAGGUUCUGAAGCCUCCCUAGCAUCAGCUGAGCCCAUCCGGGACCACAGCAAGAACAGUGCAUCAGGCUCUUUCCUACUCUCCAAGGCUGAUGAAGGAACUGCUGUCCUUGUCAGCCCAGAGUUCCAUCCUUCACAUACCAACACCUGUUUGUUCACAUUCUAUUACUACCUACAUGGUUCUGAGGCUGGGAGUCUGCAGCUGUCCCUGCAGAGCCAGGACCCUGAAUCACCCCAGACAGACAUCAUACGGACUCGAAGAGGGGAGCUGGGGGCUGCCUGGGUCCGAGACAGGGUCACCAUCUAUUUUGAGCAUCCCUUCCGGAUCCUCCUGAAGGGAGAAACUGGACCUGGAGGGGUCGUGGGCCUUGAUGAUCUGAUCCUAAGUCAACAAUGCAAACGAGUGUCCAAGGCCUCUGCUCCUGGACCCUUGCCUGGUGUGCCCCAGUACCUUCAGCAGCUCACCAAAAUUGACUCCAGGACUCAGAUGGACAAUUUCUGCGAGCCUGGGCAUUUCUCCUGUGGGGAAUUGUGUCUCAGUCCAGAACAACUGUGUGACUUUGUGCCCCAGUGUGCAGGGGGUGUGGAUGAAGAGAACUGUGGUGGAACAAACUUUGAGUCAGACACUGGGGGCUGGGAGGAUGCCAGUGUGGGCCACCUACAGUGGCAGAGGCUCAGUGCUCAGAACAACUCUGACCCCAGGACCGAUUCUGAAGGAAAUGAAACUGGACACUUCCUGUUGGUGCAGCAGGCCUGGGGGCAGCUGAUGGGGGUGGCCAGGGCACGUACCCCUGUUCUAGGCCCAUCUGGCCCAGCCUGUGCCCUCAGGAUGGCCUAUUACCUCGAAGGCCACCCACAAGGGUUCCUGGCACUCCGGGUGGUAGAAGAUGGUGCCCAUAAGUUGGCCUGGCAUAUUCAGACAAACAGCAAUGACACAUGGAGAUGGGUGACAGUGCCACUUGGAGAAAGGAUGAGGCCUUUCCAGUUGGAGCUCCUGGGGAUGGUAGAUUUGAAUGUCCCAGGGACAAAAGGGGUCGGAGUAGAUGAAAUUGCCUUUGUGAACUGUAACCCUAUUGAGACCACAGAGAAGGACACAGAGCUCUCAUGUAACUUUGAAAGGGAUUCCUGUGGUUGGUAUCCUGAACACAAAACUGAUACCCUGUGGCAAAGGACUUCAAUACAAGGCCCAGGCUAUGACCAUACCACCAGCCAAGGCCACUUCAUGUAUUUGGAUCCCUCGGAGCCUCCAGCCCGAGGAAGAGGUGCCCGCCUCCUCACAGCUCUCCAGGUUCCCCCAACUCACAAUGAGUGUCUCUCUUUCUGGUACCACCUUUAUGGGCCCCAAAUUGGGACACUAAGUCUGAUGCUAAGACGAGAUGGAGAGGCUGAUAUGCACUUGUGGGCGAGGACAGGCACUCAUGGCAACCGAUGGCAGCAGGCCUGGGCCACCCUCUCUCACCCUCCAGAUUCUGUCACCAAGUACCAUCUGGCGUUUGAGGCUCACAGGAACGGGUACCAUGGCAACAUGGCAGUGGAUGACAUCACCGUGAGACCAGGCCCCUGCUGGGCUCCUCAACGCUGUUCCUUUGAAAGCUCAGCCUGUGGAUUCUUAUCUAGUGGGCAGGGAACCUGGCAACGACAGGGCAAUGCCACCGGCACCACCAUAAGGGGCCCACGUGCAGACCACACUACAGAGACCCCUGAAGGACACUACAUGAUGGUGGACACAAGCCCAAGUGCCCUGCCCCAGGGCCAGACAGCCUUCCUGACCUCUGAAGAGUACUCACCCCUGGCCCAGCCUGGCUGCUUGACUUUUUGGUAUCAUCUGAGCCUCCAGAAUCCUGGCACACUCCGUGUCCACGUGGAAGAGGGCAAGAGACGCCAGGUAUUCAGUGUGAGUGCCCAAGGUGGUUUCGCCUGGCGCUUGGGCAGUGUGUAUGUCCAGCCUGAAAAAGACUGGAAGGUGGUGUUUGAGGCCGUUGGAGCUGGGGUGGAGCACACAUACAUUGCUGUGGAUGAUCUUCACCUGAAGGAUGGGCCUUGCCCUCAGCCAGGGUCCUGUGACUUUGAAUCAGACAUGUGCAGUUGGAGUCACACACCUUGGCCAGGCCUAGGGGGCUAUAGCUGGGACUGGAGCAGUGGUGCCACGCCCUCCAGGUACCCCCAGCCCUCUGUGGACCACACCCUGGGCACUGAAACCGGUCACUUUGCCUUCUUUGACACCAGUGUUCUGGGUCCUGGAGGUCGGGCAGCUUGGCUUCGAAGUGAGCCCCUCCCCCCUACUCCCAUGGGUGGUUCCUGUCUUCGAUUCUGGUAUCACAUGGGCUUUCCAGAGCAUUUCUACAAGGGCGAACUGAAAGUCCUCCUAAUUAGCUCCCAGGGUGUGCUGACCUUGUGGGGUACUGGGGGAUAUCUGCGCCACCAGUGGCUUGAAGGCCAUAUCCAGGUGACGAGCCAGGUGGAGUUUCAGAUUGUGUUUGAGGCCACCCUGGGGGGCCAGCCUGUCCUAGGCCCCAUUGCAUUAGAUGACAUCAUGUACCAGACAGGGCAGAGCUGUGAGCCACUGGUACCUGCUGGAGAGGAGUCCUCGAAAUCUGCAACAAUACCUGUGGUCACCAUCACCCUUUUGAUUGCUUUGAUCCUGGGCUUGCUUGCCUUUGUUGUAUGGCGCCGGCUGAAGAAGGGAGGCCACCCAUUUAAGAGACAGAAAGAGGAGAACAACACUUCCUCUGGCUUUGAUAAUGUUGUUUUCAACUCGGAUCAUGUCACCCUGCCCCCAGUAACAGGUGACCAGUAGACCACCCCAGAUGAAAUUCAGGAUCUUUUGUCUGGCCUCCUGAUUGAGAUAUUCUGAGGGGGAAAGGAGAUCAAUUGCCAUUUGUUCUGUAACUUCAACAUCAGGUACAGGAGAGAACUCAGUCCCUGGUGGGGCAUGGCCCCUCAACAUAGAGGCAGGCCAGAGGUGCCCAGGACAACAGAAAGGCAGUAUGGACCACGGCUGCAUGAGAAAUCAUUUAAUGCAAAAGUUAAACUUCUGGAAAUUCAUUCCCAUUGACAGCUGUUUUCAAUCCAAGGCAGCCUCCCUUUUGGUUUUGAACUGAGAUCUGAGUGAGUGGGAAGAUGGGCCUUCUUGUUCUUUGAAUAAAAGCACUUUGACUUCUCA